GCGGGGGCGGCCCCGUCCCGCAGAGCGCUCCUCCGCCGCGGCCCCGCCGCCGCUGGAGUCACCGCCGACCCGAGGAGGAGGACAAGAUACCCGGGGGGACGCUGAAAGGAAACCAACUUUGGAUGCCCUGUGGGGAGAUGCAUCUGUGCCAUGGAGUAUGUGUUUGGUCAUCUACAAUCUGAGGCAAGAGUGUGUGUGCUAUAUGUGACAGAGGAUUAAUUGUGGAGAGAGUCCAGCUGAAUCGCUACAUCAUCAUAAGGAACUGGUUUAAAAAUGUUAGUGCCUCAUACCAGUAAUCCAAGUUUGGGAAAGCCUAGCAGCACAACAGUAAAAAAAUAUACUUUUUUGUAAAAGCCAGGUCAAAAAGAACAAGCAGUCAAUAUAAAUUUCAUCAUGUGUUCCCCAAUUCUUUAGCACUGAAUCUUUCAUUACACUGAAAUCAUGGUAUGAGGAUUGGUGGAGGUCCUCCCCCCAUCCUCAGUGCCCAUCCAGCAACUAAAGACUGUGUCAAGAUGACCUCUGAGGAGGUGACAGCGUCUGUUCUCCUCUCUGUGGUACAGGGUAAAGUGAUAGCUGCCCAGUCAGCUGCAGAUGAAAAUACUGAAAAUGCUUUGGACACCAGCGUUAUGAGAAGACACAAUGCCAGUUUGGGAAGGCAAACCACACGCAAUCUGUCGUACUUACGCAGACUUGAAGAAGAAAAUCUUCAGGGCUCAGUGGCCAAAAUAUUCCCUCUGGCCAAAGAACAACUGACUAAGGACAAGAGCAAUGAAAACUUCUGGGAGGGGAACAGCUCCAUUUCUGAUUCAGUGGAAUUUCUUAACAUUAACUGUAACAUUGUACAGAAGAAUUACAAGAGCAAUAUCCCGUGCAGCCAGUUGUAUCAAUCUUGUGCUCCUUUAGCAGGGGAAGAGGCAUGCCUGGAAACUGCAAUUCCUGUUUCGCUGGAAAGAGCCAUGCUUGCUGAAAUUCAGUUGAAAAUGAAUGGACCUUCGUUAAGAAGCCAGACAGCAGUAAAUAAGAAUGACAGCAGUGAUCCCGAUAAAGUGGCCUUUUUUCACUUACAUUGUGCUAGUGAAAGGAAUAUAUCCGAGGCUUUGUGUGGUUUACACAACAGCUUCAUUUUGGAUGACUGCUUGCAGCCCGUGAAUGAUGGCGAUGGUAACACCACUGGUUCCCAGGCCCGCACUUGCAGCGUAAUGCAGUUGACAAAUAAUUGUGAGAAUGAAAAUGGGCAGCGGUUGUAUGAAGAUGCUUUAAGGCAUAAGUACUUAUAUCUGGAAAGAGCACCACGAAAGGUUAAAGUGGCGUGCUCAGGUCACAACUUCUGUGGAGAUAACUUUACUGGAAGAAUGCCCUCAAAGCCCUUUCUGAGCCAUUUUGAGGACUGUAAUGAUAACUGUGAAGAUGAGUUGGAAGAGGAUUUUUUUAGAAACAAAAAGGAACGUUCUACUCUAUUAAUAAGACGCUUCUGUAAAAAUGAUAAAGAGGUUAAAAAAUCAGUUUAUACUGGAAUGAGAGCAAUUUUUAGGACUUUACCGUCAGGGCACAUAGGAACUGUUGCUUGGAAUUCUGUUGAGCAAAGGAGAAACAACAGCGGCAUGAAGCUUUCUAGGAUUACAACAGAACAGCUAACUAUAAUUCAGUCCCUAAUAAAAUGGAAAUUUAAUUCCUGUCUUGAGAAGUCUUUAUGGUAUGAGAUCUUCAGUGCAGUGAGAGAAGAAGAGGAAGGAGCAGAAGAUAUUUUUGAACAUAUUCCUCAUUUUUGGAGAAAGCUCCCAACAUCUGUUACAGACUGUAUAUAUAAUGGAGAUGGGUUUUGUGAAAAACCAUGUGUAACAGGUGCUUACUGUCAAUAUCGUGCCACUUUACAGAGGACUGCACUCUCUAACUAUAUAACUGGUGCUUUACUAGAAGCAACUACAUCAUUAGGAGCAAGAAGUGGUCUUUUAAAUAUCUUUGGAGGAUCAACUGGAAGAACAAUGCUUAAAGAACGCCAAGCAUGUACAUCUAUGGCUGGCUCCAGUGUCCUUCCCUCCAGCGUGGCCGGCAUCAGCAAGGAGCUGAUGGAACUGCAGCACCUCAUCCAGUUCCCAGAGGAGGUUGCCAGCAUUCUGACCGAGCAGGAGCAGGAGCUCUACCGCAAAGUCUUACCCAUCGACUACCUCUGCUUCCUAACCAGGGAUUUGGGUAAUGCCGAGUGUCAAAGCAAGCUGCCCUCUAUUAAGGCAUCCAUAUCUGCUACUAUUCUUUCUUCUCCCAAUGGUGAACGUAAUGCUGUAGAAGAUCUUGUGACAAGGUUUAAUGAGGUGAGCUCGUGGGUUACCUGGCUGAUCCUGACUGCAGGUUCUAUGGAGGAGAAACGAGAAGUCUUCUCAUACUUAGUACAUGUGGCAAAAUGCUGCUGGAAUAUGGGCAACUACAAUGCUGUAAUGGAAUUCCUGGCAGGGCUGAGGUCAAGAAAAGUCUUGAAAAUGUGGCAAUUUAUGGACCAGUCUGAUAUUGAAACCAUGCGAAGUCUGAAGGAUGCUAUGGCACAACAUGAGUCAUCAUCUGAAUACAGGAAAGUGGUCAACCGGGCACUCAAUAUUCCGGGCUGUAAAGUUGUUCCUUUCUGUGGUGUAUUUUUAAAAGAGCUCUGUGAAGUUUUGGAUGGAGCGUCAAGCCUCAUCAGACUUUGUCCCCGAUACAACUCCCAGUAUGAAACAUUAGAGUUUGUUUCAGAUUACAGUGGACAAGAUAAUUUCUUACAACGAGUAGGCCAAGAUGGUUUAAAUAAUCCAGAAAAAGAAUCAACAACAAACAGUAUCUUUCAAACUAUUCGGAGCUGCAAUCGCAGUUUGGAUUCUGAAGAGGGUGAAGAUAAUGUUAGUGAAGGGAGCAAUUCAAGGAAAAACUCUCUGAAGGACAAAAACCGCUACCAUGCAGCACAUGUAAAGAAAGUCCCUGGUCCAGCCCAGGCUCUAUUUCUCAUCGGAGAUCUUUCAGAUUCUGAAAGUGACAUAUUUGAGCAGCUGAAAGAAUGGGACACAAGUUCAACGGAAGAGCAACAAAAGGCUUUCUGCCAUGGGAUAGAGCUCAUUCCCUGGUACGUGUUGUCCAUCAGGGCUGAUGUCCAUCAGUUCAUGCAACAAGGGGCCACCGUCAUUCAUUAUGACCAGGAGACGCAUCUCUCAGCUCGUUGCUUUCUCCAGCUCCAGCCUGACAAUAGUACUUUGACCUGGACAAAACCCACGACAGUUUGCUCUGCAAAUGCUAAGGCAAAACUGAGUGUGCUGGGCAAUACUGCUGAGCUUGGGAAGUACCAGUUUCUUGGUAAUACUGGACUGGUGGAAGGCUUUUUGGACUUGUUUUCAGCCAAGGCUGUAUAUAUGGGACACUCAGGCAUCGAUAUGCACACUGUGUGUGUUCAAAAUAAACUUUGCAAUAUGUCCCUUGAAGAAAAUGGUAUAACACUACUUUAUGGACUUCAGACUACUGAUAAUAAGUUGCUGCACUUUGUUGCUCCGAAAUACACUGCCAGAAUGCUGUAUGAUGGAUUGCUGGAAUUGACUAAAGCUGUAAGAAAAAUGAGGAGAUACCCGGAUCAAAGACUACAGUGGCUACGGAAACAGUAUGUCAGCCUUUACCAGGAGGAUGGAAGGUUUGAAGGCCCAACCUUGGCUCAGGCUGUCGAGCUGUUUGGAGGCAGACGAUGGAGUGCAAGAAGCACAGGCACGGGAUCUCUCACCAAAAGCACUGAGAAGCCCAAUGUGCAGAGAAACAACACUCUGGGAAUCAGCACAGCUAAGAAAAAGAAGAAAGUACUCAUCAGGGGUGAAAGUGGAGAGGCCACUGAUGAUGAAAUGGCAACUCGGAAGGCAAAAAGCUGUAAGGAGUACCGUAAUAGAAGUGGUUCAGAUCCUCAAGAUAUUGAUGAACAAGAAGAACCAGAUCAAAAUAUUAUUAUUAAUGCUUCUCCAUCUAACAACCUGCCAUCAAGAAGAGCUCACUCUCUGACAGCAUCUGGAUCUCCCAACUUAGGAGCUACAUCGUCUUCACCGGCAAGACCAGUCUCCUCUCCUGUAAUAUCGUCAAACAAAAGUCAGUCUAGCACGUGGAGCAGCAGUAGCUGGCAUGGCCGUGUCAAAGGAGGAAUGAAGGGAUUUCAGAACUUCAUGGUGUCUGAUAGUAACAUGACUUUUGUGGAAUUUGUAGAGCUCUUCAAAUCUUUCAGUGUCCGUAGCCGCAAGGAUCUGAAAGACCUUUUUGAUGUUUACGCUGUGCCUUGCAAUCGAUCGGGCUUAGAUCCUGCUCCACUUUAUACUAAUUUGAAGAUUGAUGAAAAUAGCAGUGGAUUCCAGCCUGAUUUAGAUUUGUUGACUAGAAAUGUUUCAGACCUUGGUUUGUUCAUUAAGAGCAGGCAGCAGCUAUCAGACAACCAGAGGCAAAUAUCUGAUGCCAUUGCUGCUGCCAGCAUUGUAACCAAUGGUACUGGAGUAGAAAGCACAUCACUGGGAGUAUUUGGAGUAGGAAUUCAGCAGCUGAACGACUUCCUAGUGAAUUGCCAAGGAGAACACUGCACCUAUGAUGAAAUUCUCAGUAUUAUCCAGAAAUUUGAACCUAGUGUGAACAUGUGCCAGCAGGGGCUGCUAUCUUUUGAAGGAUUUGCAAGAUUUUUGAUGGACAAAGACAACUUUGCCUCCAAAAAUGAUGAAUCACAGGAGAAUGCUGAGGACUUGCACUUUCCUCUCUCAUAUUACUACAUAGAAUCCUCACACAAUACUUACCUUACUGGCCAUCAGCUUAAAGGGGAGUCCUCGGUGGAGCUCUACAGCCAGGUUCUUUUACAAGGCUGCAGAAGUGUCGAGUUGGACUGCUGGGACGGUGAUGAUGGGAUGCCUAUCAUUUAUCAUGGGCACACUCUUACUACAAAGAUUUCUUUUAAGGAGGUGGUCGAGGCCAUCGAUCGCAACGCGUUCAUCACCUCCGACAUGCCGGUCAUCAUCUCCAUAGAAAACCACUGCUCGCUGCCCCAGCAGCGCAAGAUGGCCGAGAUUUUCAAGAACGUAUUCGGAGAUAAGCUGGUGACAAAGUUUUUAUUUGAGAGUGACUUUUCUGAUGAUCCCAUGCUGCCUUCCCCUGGCCAGCUGAGAAGAAAAAUCUUGCUUAAAAACAAGAAGCUGAAAGCCCAUCAAACACCAGUGGAUAUAUUAAAACAAAAGGCUCACCAGCUGGCACAUUUGCAAGCACAGGCUAGCAAUGGUGCUAGCAACCCCACACCUACCAAUGAAGAGGAAGAAGAAGAAGAGGAUGAAUAUGAUUAUGACUAUGAAUCUCUCUCCGAUGAUAAUAUUCUUGAAGACCGUCCUGAGAAUAAAUUAUCAAGUGAUAAACUGCAGUUUGAAUAUAAUGAAGAGACUGCCAAACGACUAAAGAAGGCUGAUUGUGCUACUUACAAUAACAAAGGAAAGGUUUAUGACAUGGAGCUGGGUGAAGAAUUCUAUCUUCCACAAAAUAAGAAGGAAAGCAGACAAAUAGCCCCAGAGCUAUCAGAUCUUGUCAUUUACUGUCAAGCUGUAAAGUUCCCGGGCUUGUCAACUCUAAACCCAUCUGGCUCUAGCAGAGGAAAAGAAAGAAAAAGCAGGAAGUCCAUUUUUGGCAACAAUCCUGGCAGGCUGAGCCCUGGGGAGUCAGCUGCUCUUGCCAAAGCAUCUGGAAAAGGCCCUUUUGAUGCCAUGCGGCAGACCUGGGAAGAUCCCUGCUGUCCUUACAACUCUCCGGCUUCCCUCAGCGCCAUCAUAAGGACGCCCAAGUGCUAUCACAUCUCGUCCCUGAACGAGAACGCUGCCAAGCGGCUCUGCAGGCGCUAUUCCCAGAAGCUGAUCCAGCACACCACCUGCCAGCUCCUGAGGACCUACCCCGCUGCCACGCGCAUCGACUCCUCCAAUCCCCACCCCCUGAUCUUCUGGCUCCACGGCGUACAGCUCGUGGCUCUGAACUACCAAACGGACGAUCUUCCUCUGCAACUCAAUGCAGCAAUGUUUGAGGCUAACGGUGGCUGUGGAUAUGUUUUGAAACCUCCGGUUCUGUGGGAUAAAAACUGUUCAAUGUACCAGCAGUUUUGUCCAUUGGAAAGAGACCUUGAUAAUAAGGAGCCAGCUAUAUAUUCUUUAACAAUCGUGUCUGGCCAGAACGUUUGUCCCAGCAAUAGCACGGGCAGCCCCUGCAUCGAGAUCGACGUGCUGGGGAUGCCCCUGGACAGCUGCCACUUCCGCACCAAGCCCAUCCACCGCAACACCCUCAACCCCAUGUGGAACGAGCAGUUCCUUUUCCGCGUUCACUUCGAAGAUUUGGUCUUUCUCCGGUUCGCGGUGGUUGAAAAUAACAGCUCGGCUGUAACAGCUCAGAGGAUCAUUCCCCUGAAAGCGCUGAAGAGAGGCUACAGACAUGUCCAGCUCCAUAACCUACACAAUGAAACAUUGGAAAUUUCCAGUUUGUUCAUAAACAGUCGGAGAAUGGAAGAAAGUCCCUCUGGAAACGCUCUGCCGGCAUCUGUGUUGUUUAGCCUGGGAGAAAGGAAAGCUCCCGUGACUUACAAAGUGACAGUUCAUGGAAUUCCUGGCCCAGAGCCUUUCACUGUUUUCAGUGUAAAUGCGGGGACCACGGCGGCACAGCUGCUCCAUCAGCUCUUGGCUACCAUAAAAGGCACCGAGUCAUGUGCUACAGACUAUUUUCUGAUGGAAGAGAAAAGUUUUAUAUCUAAAGAAAAGAGUGAAUGUAGAAAACCACCAUUCCAGAGAGUGAUUGGUCCUGAAGAAGGGCUAGUGCAGCUUUUGAACAGUUGGUUCCCAGAAGAAGGAUAUGUUGGAAGAAUUAUCUUUAAAACUCGAGAGGAAAAUUUAAAUGAGAGAAAUGUCUUUCAAGAAGCAAAGGAAGAAGCAGCUGUCAGCUCUGAGGAUGACAGCUUCUUUGUUCAGGUACAUGAUGUUUCCCCAGAGCAACCACGCACGGUGAUCAAAGCUCCGCGCCUCAGCACGGCUCAGGACGUCAUACAGCAGACGCUCUGCAAAGCCAAAUACUCCUACAGCAUUUUGAGCAAUCCAAACCCAAGUGAUUAUGUGCUCUUGGAAGAGGUGACAAAAGAGCCAGCAAACAAAAAGUCUUCAACAUCUAAACCAUCUCAGAGGAUUCUGUCUGAUCAAGAGUGUGUGUUUCAGGCCCAAAGCAAGUGGAAGGGAGCAGGAAAAUUUAUCCUGAAGCUCAAAGAACAGGUUCAGGCAGCACGAGAUGACAAGAGGAAAGGCAUCUCCUUCACCAGUGAACUGAAGAAGUUGACCAAGUCGAGUAAGCAGUACCGGGGCUUUGUGUCGCCCCCGCUGCAGGCGCUGUCGGACAGUCCCCAGGGCAGGGACGAGAGAGCCGCGUGCGCCCUGGCCUUCAGUGACAUCAUGGAAUAGUCCGGGCUGCCAGCCCUGCUCAGUGCCUUUGAAGGAUCCUGCUGUGGACUGAAUUGGUCAGCAAUUAUGUGCCCUGUGCUACAAAUGCUUAAUCCAGGCAAUGCUGCUGGAUUAACAUCCAGAAUCUGGGAAUCCUAAAUGGGAUACUGUUGAUGGGAAAGAUGCCUGUCAGCUCUCAGAAUCUCUUCCUGUAUCUUUGCAUCUGCAGAUUCUCCAUAGGCGGAUGGAGAAGUUUUCUUGGACUGUAUGUUGUAAACAAACACGUGUCAUCACCCUCCCCUUUUUAAACAAAAGAUAAUUUUAGCUUGUUGCCUCUAAGGAAUCUGAAGGCAGAGAAGCAGACUGUUCUUUUAUGUGUCUCAUAUUAAAAUAACGCACUUUUACCUGACGAUUACUGUUAAACACUGUGUUAAGUGAUUGUAAAGAGAUUUAAAUAUACUGUAACUUCCUUUGCAUAUCUGUUUAACUUUGGUGAAUACACAAAACACUCAAAAUUAUUUAUGGUUUAUCUACAUUAACAAAAUAAUGUACAAUAGCUGAAUACACCUUACUGGUAGUGAGACCUUGGCAAGGAACAUUUUCUUCGCAUAAAUUUUAGUUUUCCAGGCUUGUGUUUAAAGAAAGAAUAUUUAUUAUCAUGUUUCAAAGUACAUGCCAUUGUAUAGUAUAUUUAUCAUAUACUACUUUUUAGAAAAUGCAGACUUUUUUAUCUUUCUCUGGAUUUAGAGGAAAAAAAAUAUUGGAUCUUUUCUGGUUGUUUCUUUUCAGCACAAGGUGUUUAAACCCAGUACUGACCAAAUUCAAAACAAUGCAUUGAUAAGUGCAAUUAACAUUUCAAAAUUUUGAAUUCAAACCACAUUUUUCCAGGUAGUCAGGAACUGUCUUUUUACUUGUCUGUUAAACCCAGAGAGCAUAAAACUUUACACUAUAACUCUUGACAAUUCUGUUUACAUAGAAACACUGUUGUGAAGUUUUACGUGUGCUGAAUUCAUCUUUUGUUAUCUUAGUUAGUUGUGGUAGUCUCUUUUUUUUCCCUCCAUGGGAAUUACUGACGUGUUUCGUUAUUUAAAAUAAUCCAUUAGAGGGGCACAAAUUAAACAACUGCUGCAAUCGGCCAUCCCUUUGAUCUCCCACAAGAAAUGUGUCUGGGGAACAAACUGCUCUGCACAUGCUUUUGUUUCACUAGAACAACCCCUAAACAGAGGAAAGAAGUUACAGGCUGUAGUCUCAUGACAGCUAAAUGCUCUCCCUAUGAAUAAGAAAGUGAAAUAAAAGAAAACAAAGUCAUUAACUGGCAUAUAAACAAGCGGCCAGAACCUGCAUUCUGUCACCAGGAAUUAUGAAGUCUUUCACUAUACCCUACAGAAAAUGCCUAUAAAGUAGCCAUUUACCAAAGCAAAAAAGUGCCCUCUUGAGGUCACUUCCAGCUUUCAGGAAAAAUAACCACACACAUACAAAAAAGUCAAAUUUCCUCACAGAAGCCAUGCACUUCCCACCGCUCAUCCUUCACAGAAGUAAAGUUUUGAACUUAAUGUACCAAAGCAGCAUUUGCAAAUCAGCAACAGGACCCCACUCAAGCCCCCAGGUAGCUCAGCCUGUCACUCGUUGCCAAUUCCAAGAGUAGCAGCCCCUGGGAGGGCGUGCUCCCUCCACCCUGCCCAAGGAAGAGACUGAUCCCGAGCAAAAUGUUAAGAAGUGGCAACUUAGUAUGCAUAGUUUGCUUUGGAAUACUUUGGAAUUAUUGGGAAAUACAUCAACCUGCUGCACAAUUCAACUACUGCAACCAUUUUUUUUUUUAAUGUUAGCUUCAUUCUCCGUUAUUUUAACAUGGUAACAGUUUGACAUCACUGAGAAUUUUUUCCUCAUUUUUGUGUUUUUAUGACAUUUUAAAAACAACACUUAAUGUGCUGCAGUUUUCCCCUAACUGUUUAGCUUUUUCUUUUUUGUUGGUGUGGUUUUUUGGGUGUUGGGGUUUUUUUUAUCUUUAGCAGCUCUGAAAAUUGUUAACAUCACCUGUAGUAUCACAGGAGGCUAGCAGAUGUCCUUGCUAAUUAUUAAUUGGAUUCAACCUAGAAAGUUCUUAUACCCAUGUUGUCAUCCACUACUGCUUUUCUGUCACAUAGAUAUGAAAAAAAAAAAAAUUAUGGGCAAGCAAAGGGGACAUCAGUAAUCCGGUCAUAUUGUACACUACAGGCCUAACGCUAGCCUGAAGUCUUGUCGCCAUUUAAAAUCAGCAGUUUUGUACUAUUUCUGCUAACACAAUUUUUCUAGCUGUGGGAAUAGCUCAUCAUCCUCAAUCACAGUCAAAACCUCCUCUUGCUGCUGUUUAUCAUAGUGAAAGAGAACAGCAAAAUAUUUGGCUUUUUAUUUAGAAACCUUAACUUUGUAGGCCUAUGGACCUCUGGAACUAUAAGGCUAAUAAACUUCUUCCAGUAUUUUCAUUAAUGUACGUGCAUAAUUUAAUUUAAUUUAGGUAUUGGUAAAUAUCCAGGUAAACUUUUCAUGGUGAAACAUGAUUUGGGAGAGAACUGCAGUGCCCUUCCUCUUGCUGGUUCCAAGUAGUGGAAACACAAUACCACUCGAAGCAUUAAACAGCAAGGGGGAGUUGUGAACUCCUGUGAAAGCCCAGUUAAAGAGCUUUCAUGUGCUAAGUUACUGUGCUAAUAGGAAUGUUUAUUCUGUUUAGCCGCAGAUUUUAUUUCUGCAGGAAUCUAUUCACACAUUCCUAUGACAAAACUGACAAAAUAACUUUGUUCUUUUCCAUGCUUUUGGCUGAGUGUGGACAUCAAUUAGGAAAAUACAUUCAUUUUCACAUUACAAACUAUUUACAGGAAGCAGCUUCCAGGAUAAAGUUUGAAAGAAAGGAAUGUAAAUAAUCAACAUCUUCCAGAAACAUGCAGUCUCUGAGCAGUAGCAGGCCUUGCACUGCACACUUUACAGGUGGAAAUAGCUCCGUUGCCUGUUGGCAAAAAACACAGAAGUACUUUAUUCUGUACUAUUUUAAAAUGGCUACUUUCCUACCGAUUUCUUAGCCUUUCCCUGUGCAGCCGUGCUGCUUGCAGAGUGCGUUUGUAAGGGCCAAAAUCUGGGCAGCCCCAGCUGCUGUGUGCGUGCGCAGCUCUGUGCUUGUAGGAACUGGGCACUCCAGGAGCUGCUUCCUCUGCCGCCCAAAGGGCUUCCUGCUUCUGUCUUACUGACCCCAGUAAGAGCAGUCAGAACACUACAAAAUACUGUCUCAGUUUUUGGUGUUUUAAGCCUAGUCACACUUUUUUUCUUGCUCACAAAUACUGCUAGGUGAGGUGUCUGAAUAGCUGCUUUUAGAAAAGUGUCUGCUUCUAGAAUGCACGGGCUUUCGAGAAUUAAACACUUCAACAUGGAAAUAUCCAAAUAUUUCAAAAUCACUUUCUCUUACAUUCAUAGUUUAUUUUCAAAAAGAGAAGACUUCCCUGGCAGCUUUACAGGCUAAGUCUGCAGCUUCUGAAAUUCAACUGUCUGUUCUGCUCUUCAAAUGCUUCAGUUAACAUCUGGUUUUUAAUUGCUGUCUAUUACUAUUCCACUAUAAAACUCAGUUUACUUUUAGGGUAGCCCACUAGAUAUACCAAUGGUGGCAAUUUUUUCCUGUCUGUGAUAAUUUUGUAACUUAAAUAGUGAUAGACGUUUGGCAGAGUUAGCAAAUUAAACACAAAAAUAAAUAGCAGUAAAUAGAUUUUGCUCCAAUAGAUGUAUAAGCUCUUUCAGAAUGACUUGUACAGUUGUCUUCCUCUGCCUCUUCAAGCAUGUCAAAAUAUUCUGACAAUGCAACAUCACUAUGUGCCAGUCUUUAUAUAUUUGGAAACUAUGUAAAAUGAACAAUUUAAAAGUGACUUUUCCACCUGGACUGUUUUCUCUCUGCUGACUUGAAUAAACUGUAUUUGUAUAUGUUGUAAAAAAAUAAAUGGUU